GUUGCACGGUUAGCUUAGGUUAUUCUUCAACUGUUAUUCGUGCGCCAUCUUGAUCUUAUGUUCUUAAAAACGCCUUAGGUACUGGCUAUACACCUACUGUCUUAGCGUAAAUCGUGUUGACAAUCACACAUAACAUUUUUAUCAUUGAACAUUAUUAUUUCUCUUGAGUUAUUAAUUUAUUGUUAAAGUCAACACGGACGUUUCAUCGUUAAUUAUCAAUAACUGUUUUGAGUGACUAUUUCGAUUUUCGUUUACUGUACGCGUGUAAGCACUCAACUAUACGUUUUGUGGCGGACAGCAGACCACGAUGGCAAACGAGAGAACGUACGUAGUACCUAGCUUGUUGCAAACGGCAGCACCGAACGCUUGCACCGAGAUCGAGCGUGGCAGGUUCGACUUUCUGGAGGUACCGGACGUCGAUAUGCGACAUUGUUGCGAUUCGCUGUUAGAAAUAUUAAAAAUCGAGAAAAACCGAAACGAGGGCAACGAAGGACAGACCAUGUUCAUCAGGUUGCAGUUGAUCAGCAAGGACAAGAGGUUUCUAAACAUAUGCGAGGAGGCAGCGUCGCACGGGCACAUAAAUUGCCUGAAACUCGCUCACGAGAUUGGCGUCCCUUGGAACGAUAAGGCGUGCAAACGGGCUGCGAGUUCGGGGCAUCUGGAGUGUCUACGAUACGCACGGGAAAACGGGUGCCCGUGGGACGAGAAUACGUGCAGCAAUGCCGCAUUAAAGGGUCACAUUGACUGCCUAAUAUACGCACGGGAAAACGGGUGCCCGUGGAAUUGGAAAACUUGCGGCUAUGCCGCAUUGAACGGUCACAUGGACUGCCUGAUAUACGCACGGGAAAACGGGUGCCCUUGGAACUUUGGUACAUGCGCCAAUGCCGCAAUGGAGGGUCACAAGGACUGCCUGGUUUAUGCACGGGAAAACGGGUGCCCGUGGAAUGAGUAUACGUGCACCUUUGCCGCAUUUUCCGGUCACAUUGACUGCCUGAUAUACGCACGGGAAAACGGGAGCCCGUGGGACGCAGAUACGUGCAACUUUGCAGCGAAAUACGGACACAAGGACUGCCUAGUUUACGCACGGGAAAACGGUUGCCCUUGGAAUGAGAAAACUUGCAGCUAUGCCGCAUUGAACGGUCACAUGGACUGCUUGAUAUACGCACGGGAAAACGGGUGCCCGUGGGACGCGAAUACGUGCACCUUUGCAGCAAAGAACGGACACAAGGACUGCCUAGUUUACGCACGGGAAUACGGGUGCCCUUGGAACGACUGGACAUGCUUAAGUGCCGCAACAAACGGUCACAUGGACUGCCUGGUAUACGCCCGGGAAAACGGGUGCCCGUGGAAUGAGAAAACUUGCAGCUAUGCCGCUUUGAAUGGUCACAUGGACUGCCUGAUGUACUCACGGGAAAACGGGUGCCCGUGGGACGCGGAUACGUGCAACUUUGCCGCGAAGAACGGCCACAAGGACUGCCUAGUUUACGCACGGGAAAACGGGUGCCCUUGGAAUGAGAAAACUUGCAGGAAUGCCGCAUUGAACGGUGACAUAGACUGCCUGAUAUACGCACGGUUAAACGGGUGCCCGUGGGACGAGAAAACGUGCAGCUUUGCCGCAUUUUCCGGUCACAUUGACUGCCUGAUAUACGCACGGGAAAACGGGUGUCCGUGGGACGCGGAUACGUGCAACUUUUCCGCGAAGAACGGCCACAAGGACUGCCUAGUUUACGCACGGGAAAACGGGUGCCCUUGGAAUGAGAAAACUUGCAGCUAUGCCGCAUUGAACGGUCACAUGGACUGCCUGAUAUUUGCACGGGAAAAAGGGUGCCCGUGGAACGAGAAUACGUGCAGCUUUGCCGCACAUUCCGGUCACAUUGACUGUCUGAUAUACGCACGGGAAAACGGGUGUCCGUGGGAUAAGCAAACAUGGUUCUAUGCCGCAUCGAACUAUUAUGGCGCAUCGAUGUUUGGCGACGACGUCGACAAGGAAUGCUUUGUUUACGCACGGGAAAACGGGUGUCCUGGUAACCCCAACUCGUACUUAAAUGCCGGAACAAUGGACAGCCCGAUGUACAGACUGCAGGCGGACUCGUUUCCGUGGGAUGUUGAUACGUGCACCUUAGCAAAAAAGAACGAUCACAUGGACUGCGAGGUAUACGCACGUGAAAACGGGGGCGUAAUUCUGUUUUAGCAACCUAUCGAUUUUUCAAAUUUUUAUUUUACAUUCUUACAAAUCAACAUUAAACACUCAUUUUGAAAAAUCGAUAGGUUUGCUAAAUAAGUUGUCAAAACGGGUGCCCUUGAGACGAGAUGAAGUGAACCUACGCUGAACGGUCUCAUACCGAUUGUUCUACACAAAUAUUUGGUUGCCCCAAGGCCUAAUCAAUUCUUCAUAAUUAGAAACUCAAGUAAUAUUUUAUCGUCAAUGUUUUUAUUCAUGUGACACAUCGACUGUCUUUUUUUUAUUAUGAUUGUAUAUGUUACAAGUUCUUAGAAUAUAGAAUAUUUUGUAUCCUGCUAAGGGCCAAUACACCAACUUAAUAUUGUAAAUUAUAAAUAAAAAGUUUGAUAAUCAUUAUA